AUGGCGGCUAUUCCCCCCACCCCCACCCCCGACUCCUGGCAGCCGCCCAACGUCUACUUAGAGACCAGCAUGGGGACCAUCGUGCUGGAGCUGUACUGGAAGCAUGCUCCAAAGACCUGCAAGAACUUUGCUGAGUUGGCUCGUCAAGGUUACUACAAUGGCACCAAAUUCCACAGAAUCAUCACAGCCUUCAUGGUCCAGGGAGGUGACCCAACAGGUCGAGGUGGUGCAUCUAUCUCUGGCAAGCAGUUUGAAGAUGAGUUUCAUCCAGACUUGAAAUUCACGGGGGCUGGAAUUCUUGCAAUGGCCAAUGCAGGGCCAGACACCAACGGUGGCCAGUUCUCUGUGACCCUAGCUCCCACCCAGUGGCUUGAUGGCAAACACACCAUUUUUGGCCGCGUGUGCCAGGGUAUAGGAAUGGUGAAUAGAGUAGAAAUGGUGGAAACAAACUCCUAG